CGGGCAGUAGCUCUCGAAGAGGUGGGGUCUGAGUUUAUGCGAACAUGGAGCAAAACAAUUGUAGGAUGGAUCCAGACAGUGGGGCAGAAACACAAAAGGCUGUCAGUUUGCAGUGGAAGAGCUACAAACUCGUCCAGGACCCUGCUAUUAGACGGGUUGCACAGAAAAUCUACAGAUAUGAUGGAGUGCAUUUCAGUGUGCCAGACUCUGGAUUUCCUCCUGUGGGUGAACUGCGGGACCCUAGACCCCGGAGGCUAUGGUCUAGGUAUACAGAACUGUCCCUGCCAGUGCCGAAGUUUAAGCUUGAUGAGUUCUAUGUGGGUCCCAUACCCCUCAAAGAGGUGACCUUUGCUAGACUCAAUGACAACAUCAAGGAGCCCUUCUUGGCAGAAAUGUGUGCCAAGUUUGGUGAGGUGGAGGAGAUGGAGAUCUUGUUUCAUCCCAAAACCAGGAAGCAUUUGGGCCUGGCCAGGGUGUUGUUCACCAGUACCAGAGGAGCCAAGGACACAGUGAAGCAUCUGCACAACACCUCUGUCAUGGGCAACAUCAUUCAUGCUCAACUGGAUAUAAAGGGCCAGCAGAGGCAGAAGUAUUAUGACCUGAUAGUAAAUGGGUCCUACACUCCUCAGACAGUGCCCCUGGGAGGCAAGGCUUUGACAGACAGGCUCCAGCCUCAGGCCCCAACACAGCCGCAGCCUGACACGUCAUCAGAAAUCAGGAGGAGGCUCUCUAGUGAGCUUGUGGUUUUGGCAGCAGGGGUACAGGCCCUCACAUCAGGAAGCAUUACCCCUUGCUCUGUGGACACUGGCUUCAGUGAGCAGCGUCUGGACACGCCCCCCUCUUCCAUGGCAGGCCCUUACACCCCAGGCUCCUCUGCGUCGUCUCAGGGUGGUGGAGGAACACCUUAUAGCUCUAGAUCUGGGACUCCUUUCUCACAAGACUCGGGCUAUACCGGUGGCAGGCAUACUGGCUACAACACUGGCACUUUGGGCAGCGGCUACCCUCCCCAGGACAUGUUACCUUCCUCCUCCUCCUCCUCUGCAGUCUCAUCUACUGUUGGAGGAUACAAAGUGUCUCGCUAUUCUGAGGAUGCACAGGAACCUUCAGUGUAUCAUCGAGGUCGCCCUAUGUACCCCCCAGCCACAUCAUACCGUCCCAAUGAGCCACCGUGCUAUCCCCCAUACCCAAAUGUUGGGGGACCUGGGCCACACAUGGCACACCACUCCUCAAUGCCUCCACCACCCCUUGCCACCCAAUAUGAACAGCCUCCAAUGUCAGACAGGGACCGGGACCGUGACAGAGACUCAGGGGGGCGCUACGGGCCAGGGGGGAUUGGCUCCAGAAGGUCAUCUUACCACCACCAGCAGGACACAAACUCUUCCUCAAAGUACCAUUCCCAUCACUCUCAUCAUCACUCAGAUCGCAGGGAUGACAGGGGGUACCGGCGAGACAGUUUGGGCUCCCGGUCAGGUGAUCAUAGCCACCAGAGACACCGCAACCACCACCAUUCUCAUAACCACCAUGGCAGCAGCAGCCGCAGGAGGAGCAGCCAUGACCGGGACAGAGACAGAGAUCGAGACAGAGACCGAGAUAGAGACAGGGACAGAGACAGUGACUACUCCAACAGCUCUGACCCCAGAUACAAUUCCAACUCCUACCGCUCUUCCUCCAACAGCAUGUCUCCCCCCCCCUCCUCUUACUCUGCAUACUCUUCCUCUAAAGAGCCUGUCCCAGCCCCUCCUCAGGGAUUGGACGUUUCCACCCGUCAAGGGGGAACAAACCUGGCAGAGAGAGGCUCUCUGCCCUCGGUUGGUGCUGACAAAGACUAUCAUGCUGGUCACCACAGUGCUCUGCCUCCACCUCCACCCCCGCCACCGCCCCUUCCACCAGCCUCUGUAAUAGCAGCGGCUGUAGCUGAGACACUUGGAACAAUGGAUUUCAGCCAGGAUAGUCCGGCCAGAGAAGAGCAGUGGACAAAGCCCAAACGCCGUCCCAGCACUCCACCCGCACCUCCGAAAACGCCCCCGCCUUCCUCCCCUCCCCACCCCUCAAUCACUUCCUCCUCUACCUCGCCUUCCUCCACCUCACUCCCCCAUCACCUCCCCUCUUCCUCCAGCUCCCCACCGCCUCCCCAACGUGACUCUUCUUCACCAGAGCCAGAUUCCACCAAUGAGAGUUUACCGUUUGUCUACCACAGCAGCAGCCUUGACUCUCGAAUUGAGAUGCUCCUAAAGGAACAGAAGGCUAAAUUUUCUUUCCUUGCCUCUGAUGAGGAAGAUGAGGAAGAUAGGAAAGAGGAAAAGCAGAGGGGCACACGUGGGGACAGAGGAGACCGACGAGGUGGGUCAGGUGAUGUAACAGUGGAGCACACAGGUGGUAAUCAGGUGGGCGACAAUGGGGAUAAGGACCACAGGAGGAAAGGCGAAAGAGACAGAGAUGGGCACAGAGGAAGGAAACGGGGAAAGGGAGGAGAGGGUAGGAAGAGUCCCACUGUACUUAAUGCAGCCACACCAUCCUCUUCCACGUAUUCUCCGCACAUCCCACCACCAGAGGAACCCCAGCCCCAGAUUGGCAUCGCUGGCCCUGGAGCUUUGCAGGAGGAAUCUUCACAGGCUGGAUCUGCUGAUACACGGAGCAGGAUAGGAGCACACACGCCACCUUAUAAUGGGCAGAGUCAGUCCUCCCCUCAUUCCUCAGGGGAAGACAUGGAGAUAUCAGAUGAGGAGGAGGAGGAGACCCCCAUAACAACAGUGACCACCCACCAGCCCUCAGUCACCUCAGGUUCCUCACCCACUUCAUCCCAGGCUGCGAUACCUUCACAAACAGCUGACCCUUCAUCUUCACCCCCACCCAUCUCUGACUCUGCACAGCACUUUGGCACCUCCAUGCACCCUCCCAUGCCCUCCUACCCUCCUCAUUUGCCUCCUCCUCCUCCCCCUGGUUAUUCCCUCCAGCCCCCGCCUCCUCCAGGGAUCCCUCCCAUUCCCCACAUGGAGCUGCACCCUGAGUAUCCUCCUCCCAUGCCCCACCACAUGUAUGACUAUGCCACCUCCAUGGAGCUGAUGAACCAGUACAGUGGUGGGGCUCCUAUGUCCUUCCAAAUGCAGACCCACAUGCUUAGUCGUCUACACCAGCUGCGCAUGUCGUCAUCCAACGGCACCCCAGGCCCUGGUGAGGCGGCCACUGCUGACUAUACCUCCUACCAUCUCCACUCUAUGCCGCCACCCCACACACACCACCCUUACAUGGACCAAGAGGGGAGCGGGGCAGGCGCUCAUUACGACCAGGACCACCGCUACAUGCCCCCUCACAUGCCCUACCCCUACCCUGACCCCCACAGCACUCAGAUACCUCCCCCUCCACACCAUGGCAUCCCGCCUCCCCAUACGGCCUGGCCGCCGCAUGUCUUACCACCACACUACCCCUCUUACAUGCCACCACCUGGCUAUGGCACCAUGCUGCCCGGGGAUGGAGACGAGUACAGGGCUCCAGGGGAGCAGAUGCCCAUGCUGGCUGAGAAUCCACAUGAGGCCACAGUGCAGAUGGUCCUGGCCACUCUGAUCCAGGAAAUGAAAAACAUCAUGCAGAGGGACCUAAACCGCAAGAUGGUGGAGAACGUUGCCUUUGCCACCUUUGAUGAGUGGUGGGAGAGGAAAGAGACCAAGGCCAAGCCUUUCCAGACAAUGGUCAGAGGGGUGUCUGCCUUACGGGAUGAUGAGAAAAAAGAGGAAAAGGUCAAUCGCCCGCGGGAGCCUCUCACAUCUCUUGUGGAUUGGGCAAAGAGUGGUGGCAUGGAGGGCUUUGCUCUCCGAGGAGCAUUAAGACUACCUUCCUUCAAGGUGAAGAGGAAAGAACCUCAGGAGCUUGGAGAGGGAGACAUGAAAAGGCCACGACCUUCAACCCCACCUGAUGAGGAUGAUGAAGCUGCUGAUGGGAGAAUGCCAGAAGCGGACAGGCACGGAGCUGAAAGGGACAACAAGAGGAGAAAAAAGAAGCCAAGAAAUCGUAAACCCUGGGAGCUCGACAGUGAGGGAGAGGAGACGUCAGAUGGAUCCUCAACCGAAAAGGAGGAUGAGGAGGAAGAAGAAAGUGAAAAGGAGUCUGAUGAUGAUGCCCUUAGCGCUGAUAGUGAUGAUGAGAGUCUCUCCUCAUCCUCUGAGGGCUCUUCCUCUUCAGCAUCCUCAUCUUCGUCUUCCUCUGAGGAUGAGGAUGAAGAGGAAGGAGAGAGGGCCGAGAGUGAAGGACCAGACACCAUGGAUGAGUCAACCAUGGACAGCACAACAGAGAAAGAUCACAGGGGAAAUAACGCGACUGCUCUUCCAAAGGCAGAAGUCAAAACAGGUGAAGCCAAGGACAGCAAGACAGGUGCAACAACAGCACCUACCAAGCGGGCUCCAUCACCACCAUACCCGCGUCCUUCCUCCCCUAUUGUUCUUGUGCCCCCUCUCAAGAAACGCAGGAAAACAGUCUCGUUCUCCACAGAUGAGAAUGACAGCAAAACACAGCUGUCAACUGCACCACUAUCCCCAUCUCCCUCACAAGUGGCGGGUGAAUCUCCCCUCCUCUCUCCUGGCAGGCCACCAGACUUCCCUGUCACUACUGCCUCAUCUCGUCCCACUCAGGGCAUCCAGCUGCUCCCCUUUGCUUCAAAACCAGGUGAAGGCAAUGCCCUCAUUGUGCCCCCACCUGGACGAACUCAAGAUUCUGAUGAAUCCAAAAAGGGACCUCCUGUCUCUCCCCAGACCACCCCUGUCAAAUCCCCUAGCAAAAGGGGUGCAGGCAAAGACUCCCCCAAAUCUCCUGCCCCUCCUGUCAUGGUGUGCCGCACUGUGCAGAACCUGCCGUUGGAUCAUGCUUCUAUGUGCAGGAUGGCUUUUGAGGAGGCCCCUCCUCCACCUCCUGUUAAUAAACGGUCCAGAGGCAGACCUCGAACGACCAGCCUGUCUGCCUCGUCCUGUCACUCCCUCAGAGAGGAAGAUGAGGAUGAGGAAGAAAGUGAGCAGAGGUUAAGGCUCAGGGAGCAGCUGGGGGCAUCCAGCCUCCUGCAGCUGGCCUCAGCCUCAACCACUGACCUGUCUGUGCUGGCUGAUGUAGCCUUGAAAAUGGACCCUGAUGCAGGGGACUCAGAGGAGACGGAGACAUCUGAUGAGGCAGAGGAGCAGAAGAUGGAAGAAGAUCUUUUCUCCCCAGAGUCACUGGCCCUGGUUAUGAGCCCAGAGGGUGUAGUUGUCUUUAUGGAGCACAACUACUGCAAACCCCCUGUUGUCUCAGUGCCACCCAGUACCAAAAGGACUUCCUCCAGACAAGACUCUUCUGUCUUGCUGCCAGCAGACCUCAACACCAUUUCUGGGGUGCUUGAGGCACCAGAGGAGGUCAUUGGAGAGGCACUACCAUCCAGGGGAGAUACAGGAGAAUAUUUGUCUGCAGUGGGAGAGCCUUGUGAAUCUGAGGAUGUGGGCCAGGCUGCAGCUGUGCAUCCAUCAUCAAAGAAGAAGAGCAUGAUUCCCAAAGGUUUUGAACUCGAUAAGGACGAGAGCAAAAAGAGGAGAAGAAAAGACAAAGAAAACCUUGAGGUUCAUCACACAAAAAAACAGGAGCAGCCAGGCAAGAAACAGAAGAAACGGAAACUAGAGGACUCAGACUUUGAGGAAGAUGUGGAUGUGGAGGAGCUUGAGUCUGGGGAACUUUCCAGCUCAGACACAGAGGAUGAGGUGGUGAGGAAGAGUGAGCGCCUCUUUUUGCAGGAGGCAGGGGUAACGUCGUCCCAGCGUUGGCCAAAACCUGUUCCAGCACCUGAGCCUCCAGCCAUGAAGUUUGACAACCGUAGUGAGUUUGAGCAGAUGACCAUCCUGUAUGACAUCUGGAACUCUGGUCUGGAUGGUGAAGACUUGAUGUUACUGAAGAAGACUUAUGAGAAGCUGCUACAGGAUGACCACAGCUCUGAUUGGCUCAAUGAUACUCACUGGGUCAACCACACUAUAACCAAUUUGCCGAACCCUCGGCGUAAGAAGAAGAACGCAGAUGGACAGCUUCGUGAGCAUGUGACUGGUUGUGCAAGGAGCGAGGGGUACUACGCCAUCAGCCGGAAGGAGAAGGACGUCUAUCUGGACCUGGACCUCCCCGAGCAGGUCAUACGGGAAGUGGAGAAUGUCGACACCUCGGGAGUGAACCGGGUGCUAUCAGAGAGACGUUCUGAGCAGCGCCGACUCCUCACCGUCAUCGGCACCACGGCUGUCAUGGACUCCGACCUGCUGAAACUCAACCAGCUUAAGUUCCGUAAGAAGAAGCUUCGUUUUGGACGCAGCAGGAUCCACGAGUGGGGCCUGUUUGCCAUGGAGCCCAUUGCUGCUGAUGAGAUGGUCAUCGAGUAUGUGGGUCAAAACAUCAGACAGAUGGUGGCUGACAAUCGAGAGAAGCGGUACGCGCAGCAGGGCAUUGGGAGCAGCUACUUGUUCAGAGUGGACCACGACACAAUUAUAGAUGCCACCAAGUGUGGUAACCUGGCACGAUUCAUCAACCACUGCUGCACUCCAAACUGCUACGCUAAGGUUAUCACCAUAGAGUCCCAGAAAAAGAUUGUGAUCUACUCAAAGCAGGCCAUUGCUGUCAACGAAGAAAUCACCUACGACUAUAAAUUCCCCCUGGAGGACAACAAGAUCCCUUGCCUUUGUGGAACAGAGAACUGCCGUGGGACACUGAACUAGUGGACGCAGUUCUCAUCCUCACUUGCCAAUGGCCAUCCAGACCGGCCACCCCUCCUGGUUUGUCCUCCCUCAGAGUGUACAAUGUACAAACCCCACCCCACCCCACCCCCCCACCCCGACUCUCCUCCGGACGGCCUUGCAGCCGUCUUCACAAUACCCGGGAAACAGAGACGCACACAAUUGCACUUUUGACGCACACUUCAUUCACUUGGCAGUUUCACAACCCAGUGUGUGCUGGUUUGUGUAACCUGGCAUUUGAAUAAUAAGAGGGGGCCUCUGCUUCAGCAUUAGCUCUUCUGUGGCAGUAUUGUUGGACUUGAUUGGGUAAUAUGUUCCAACCAAGUUGUCCCAUGCAGCCAGGCAUGAAAGGUCUUUCAAUUUCCAUGCCAAUAUCCGUUUGAAGGAAGAAAAUGAAAACUGAAAAAAAACAAAAAAAAACAAAAAACAAAACAAAGGUAUUUUAUGUCUACAUCAGCUCACGUAAUCUGCAGCCUGGGAUCACUCUUCCAGUGUCAAAUCCCUCCCUGUACCAACCCACCCCACAGAUCCGCACACAGACGCACAGGAAUAUCAGACAAAUUCAGGGUUUUUAAAAGCGCUUGUUAAGGGCGCACUUUUCAGAUGACAACCUUCAGUCAAUUUGGUCUUCAGUUAUGCAAGAUUUCCAAGUGUGAAGAUUGUUUUGGAGCUUUUUUUUUAAUUUUAUUUCAUAGUAUUAUAAUAAUAUUACUAUUGCUGUUAUUAACGGUAUUGUUAUUUAGUUGCAUUAGCUGUAAGUAUCUUACAGUGAAAUGAGUUUCAGUGUACCCACCCACUGUCCUCAGUGGCUUGUGAUUCACCAGCCCUAUAAAACUGUUGUUUCCCUUCACUGUGCGUUACUUGAUACCUGAUUUGCCACAACCAUCUGUCUGGAUUAGAGUAAAGUCCUUUGAGCUACUGUUUUUAACCCAACGUGAAAUUAUAUAUGUCAGUUAAGUUCUGGCUAAAAAUGCGUUAUUUUUACAUGGCUGCUGAAUUUUGUCUGCAGGAUCAGCACAACAGAAAUUGGCCUGUAUUUUGUUUUUUUUUCCUUUGGGGUUUUGUGGCUAUUUUUCGUCUUUGAGCUAACAAAGUCAACAAAAGGUCUUGCGAGUAGGACUCAUUGAGAGAUUGUUUGAUAGGAUCUGUUUCUUUCCGUCUGUUUGUCUGUAUUUAGUUGUUCCUUCCGCAGUAUCCUUAUGUUUUGUUUACCCGCCAGAUUCAGAUUCCUAUUUUAAUAGGGUGAAAACAUUUUCUGCGAGUUCUUCUUUCUUCAGCCAUUAAUGCAAAGAUGAUCACCAAACUCCUGCAGGUCCUGGUAUAAAAUGUCUGGUCACUGUUUAACUAAGUCACUGUGUGUGCUACAGAUGUUUUUAAAAGGCACAUUUAUUUCAUAAGGUCAGCUCUCUUUAAAGGUUUAGUUUCCCUUUUCCUUUCCAGUAUGCAUUAGUAUGUGUUCAUUUGAGAGUGUGUUCACCCCAAAACAUCCCUCCCUGCAAAAUGUAUGAGCUUAAGGCAAACAAAUGUCCUGCUUACUAUCUGUUUGCAGUGUAGAUGGGUGGAAGGUAUAAACUGUGUGCCUGUUAGAUAAAGCCUGAGUAGGUUUGCGAUACGCUGCACACAGACGGAUGUCUUUGGCCCUUGUGUUGUCUCUGUUUUUCAUAUGGCUAUGGCCGUCCAAAGUUUAACUUUCAUUUUGAACUUUUAACUAGCAGACGACUCUUUUUAUUUCGUUCCCUCCCAAACAGGAAAAUGUGUAAGAUAUUUCUUGUUGUAAUGAAAGCCUUUCAGUACAAACCAACCCUCUUUACUACAGGAUAAAAAUAUGAAAGGAAAAAAAAAAAAUCAAAGAAGUACA